CUAUCGCGUGAUGUUUACACGUCGUCGGCGUACGAACGCACGAACCAGGGUGGGGAGGAGGAACUGUUGCCGCUAAAGUGGAUGGCCGUGGAGUCGUUACGGGACGGGGUGUACACGUGUGAGAGUGACGUGUGGUCGUACGGCGUGCUGCUGUGGGAGAUCGCCAGUUUUGGGGAGGAGCCGCGCUACGCUGGAGGCCCCAUGCACCCGGACGUCUGCACACUGUUGGAGCUGCUGAAGAAAGGCGUCCGUCUGCAGCAGCCGGAGAACUGUCCGCUGCCGGUGUACCGCAUCAUCAGGUCCUGUUGGAUAGUAGACCCCUCCAAGCGGCCGACGCCUGAAGUGUUGCUGCAAAAGAUAGACCAGUUAAGACCACCGAGGCAUGCGGCCCACCUCGUUAAUCAUGGCAUGACAUGGCAGUAA